AAUUCAACAAUUACAAUUGACUCAACAAAGCUACAGUAAAUUUGGCCUCCAACCAAAUGGAUGGCCAAAUUUAUUGAGCCAACUUCACUGGCUAAACAUUAUUUUGGAGUAAAAUAUUUGUUCCUGCAAAACUGAAUUCUCUCCCGCGCCUCUGCCUUUCCUUUAAUUUCCCUCACUCCCUCACUGUAAAUCAGAAUUUUCGAAACCCAUUUCCCAGCCGCACCACCGAAACCAGCCGCAGCACCGGACCCAACCGCAGCACCGAACCCAGCCGCAUGAACUCUCUCCGUCGUCUCCCAGCUGCAGCACCGAAACCAGCCGCACCACCUCACCCAGCCGCAGCAACGGACCCAGCCGCAGCACCGGACCCAGCCGCACGAACUCUCUCCGUCGUCUCCCAGCUACAGCACCGAAGGAGCUCAAGCCAUCGCACCAGACGGAACUCUCUCCGUCGUCUCCCAGCUGCAGCACCGAACGGCAACGCCACUCCGAGUUUUCGGAGCACCGGUGAGCCUCCGAACACCGGAAUGGAUCCAUCCACUCACCAUGAUGCCUACUUCACAAAUCUUCUAAAUAACAAUGACUUUUUGAUGGGUGUCACAAAUGAACAAGAAAUCUCUCCACCCCAAGUUGAGGUUAUUGAAGCUGAACCGAGUGGACGAAAAAUACAACGAGGUAAUAAUUUUAAUAAUGAGGAAGAUUUGUUACUUGUGGAGGGAUGGCUUGAAACUUCCUUAGAUGCGGUACAAGAAAAAGAUCAAAAGCACACGAUGUUAUGGAAAAGAAUUCAUAAGUAUUUUGAGGAAAACAAGAAAUUUGACUCUUUACGCAAUUACACAUCUCUAAUGAAUCGGUAGUCAACGAUUCAACAAGCUACAAAUAAGUUUUGUAGUUAUUUGGCCCAAGUUGAAGGAAUGCAUCCAAGUGGGUUCAACGAACAAGACAAUGUAUGUUUUGCACAUUUUAAGUUUAUUUUUUAGCAUGCUUUUUUUUUUUUUUUUAACAUCUUACUUAUUUAGAAGCAAGGUGCUUUAUGUAUGUAGAUUGGCAAGGCAAAGGUUAUGUUCUUGGAGUUAGAGAAAAAGUCUUUUAACUUUGAUCAUUGUUGGCGGGUGUUAAGAUUCCAUCCAAAGUGGGUGGAACAUAUGGACCUAGUGAAGCCGAAGAAGAAACCAAGUUCGAAUGCUUCGACCCCAAAUUUAAUAAAUCUAGGCGAAGAUGAGGAUUAUCAUGUUGCAUUUUCAAAUUUGGAACGACCAAUAGGUCGUAAAGCAGAAAAAGAAACGAAAGAGAAAAGAAAUGACAAACUCUGACUCUCUUGUGGUACUAAAUGAGAUGGCAGAAAUUAGAAAGAGUAAACUUCUGCUUAUGCAAGAAGCACGUGAUCAUGACAAUAAAAUGUUGUAUCUUAGGCAAGAGGAAGUGAGUCUUAGGCAAGACGAAGUGCGUAUUCAGAAAGAGAAUGUGCUACUUCAACAAGUGAAAGCACGUCUUGAAGAAAAGAAAGAAGAUGAAAGAAUUAUGACAUUAAAUACAAGUGCCAUGCCUCCAAUGCUACAACAAUAUUAUCUUCAACGACAAAUGGAAAUACUUGCAAGUCGUGUUGGGAAAAAUUAGCUGUAGUGCAAUUUUAUCGCUUAAUGUUAUAUUUAUGUUUGUUAGAUUAAUCACUUUAGAUUGACCAUUAUGGAGUACUAUUAUAUUUAUGUUUGUUAAGAGUUAUGUUUUUAGAUUGAUCAUUAUGGAGUAAAGUUAUAUUUA